AUGUUGGCUGGGCUGCAAAUAAAAGAGUUAAGUGGCCAAUCUGCAAAGGUACUAUGGCGUCUCCCCCAAGACAUCGAGUGCAAUGGAGAGGUGAUGGGAUUCACCAUGGAGCUUAAUUCCUCCUACGAAACUAACCAGCAUAUUACUAUCUCUCCCGACUUAACAGAAUACACUCUUACUGCAUUCCUUCCGCCCACUUAA